AUGCGACUGUCAGUGAAGAAAACUACUUCCUUGUUGGUAUUAUGUACUGCCGUACUUCUCGCCACUUCACCCUCGGUUACGAUUGCUCAAGUCACAAUCACCACCCCUGGAGGAGGAACGCAGCCAACAACGACCGAUAGACCAACGCCCACUACAACAACACAACCCUCGGUGCCUUCGAGAACUUCGACUCCUGCCCAGCCUCCCCCUUCUGUACCAACCCAAUCACAAGUGCCUACAACAACCAAUCCUAUCCGGUCGACCACACCACCAGUAUCGCCACCCUCAGCCACGACCCCGAGCACACCGCCUUCGGACCAAACAUCAUGUAUGAGCAGCGAUAGCUGUCCCGUCAACCACAUUUGUGCGUUGCAGAACGCUACAUCAACCACGGGCUACUGCCAGGUGAUGUCUCAAGGAUUAAGUGUCUGUGUCGCCAACCCUGCAACACCAUGUGAGAGCCAUAAGGAUUGUAACAAUCCUGAAUACUCGUACUGUGGGCUCGAGGAAACGACUAAAAAAAGGGUUUGUUCGGGUCUGGGUCGCCCAGGAACUGCUUCGGAAUGUAAGAGAUCCGCAGGAGGUGGGAACACUACGAAAGGUGACGAUGGUGACAAGCUAUCCAACACUCUCAAAUAUGCGGGUAUUGGUGUUGGAUCCGUGGCUCUCUUGGCCAUUAUGUUUGCAUUGGUGAGGUGGCGUCGGAACAAGAGUCGGUCCAAGGCCCCCAACUUCAGCGAGCUGGAUUAUGGUAUGUCACGCCGACGUUCUGAGCCAAGAUCAAGCUUGGGUGCAGCAGCAGCUGGGGCUGCUGCCAGUGGAGGGGAACAACCCUAUCCAUUCUCGAAUAGACCGAAUGCGCGUACUGCAACAGCUACGGCGGGGCAGGAUGGAUUUUAUGAUGAUCAAUAUUACGAUGACAGUUACGCAAAUAUGCAUCCGAUGGCAGGCAUGGCAGGUGGUGCGGUGAAGGGCCAACAAGAUCACUACUAUGAUCAGUCAUACGAUCCCAACUAUGACCAAGCAUAUGCUCAGCAUGGUGGUUACGGUCAACAGAGUUAUGAUCAGCAGGGUUAUGAUCAACAGGGUUAUGGUCAACAAGGAUAUGACCAGCAAUAUGAUCAACAGUAUUAUCAGAAUGGUGGAUAUGACCAGCAAGGUAACUACGGAGGAUAUUAUGACUCGAAUGGAUAUGAUGCCUAUGCCAAGGAUGAAACGUAUGGUAACACAGCCCCCGUAAGCAGCAAUGCGGGUACCACACCUGCAGUGCCUGCCCAAGCAGUGACACGUAAUGGGUCUCGUCAAGGGGCAGCAACACAGGCUACGGGUGAUUAUUCGGUGGAUCGAUAUGCUGUGGAGCCUUCAGAGCUGGACUUUGGUGGCCAUAAUAAUGGAGCAGCACAACAGCAGGGUGGAUAUGGUCGCAAGUACUAA